AUGAAGUGGGCUAAUGGUGAUGUUUUCGAAGGUUGCUGGUCAAAAGGACUAAGACAUGGAUCUGGAGUUUAUAGAUUUGCAAAAGGGGAUGUCUGCAAUGGUAACUUCAAAAGUAAAUUUCUUCAUGGUAAAGGAAAGUACACAUGUUCAAAUGGAACAAUAUAUAAGGGAUAUUGGGAUGAUGGAACAAUGACAAAGAAAAUACCAGAUCUUGAGAAUCUUGUUGGAGACUGCAUGUUAUUGCAUAUUUGUAAUAAAGGUGAGUCCGACGCUGGUUUGAGUUGUUUGGUUACCAAAGGGAAAAAUAUACAAGGAGUUAUGAUUGUUGAGAAAAUUGAGCAGUAUUCAGAAACAACCAAACUGGAAGUGAUGCAAGGAAAAAAGAGUUCAAGUAUAAGGACAUUUUUCAAGACUGUCAAAGCUAAGCUGGAGCGGAACUUGCAACUUCGCAUCAGAAGAAACUGCGGGACUUCGGGUAUGGUGCAUCCCGACAACAUUGCCAGAGAUGAUUUAGAAGUACCGGAAGAGGUCAACGAAGAUGAUAAGACUAAAGAGGUGAUUAACGAUGUCAAAACGAUUGUCGUUGCGGUGGAUGUUUGA